AUGCCUAAAAAACCUGCACCUUCUAAAAAAUCUUUCAAUUAUAAGGAUUACCUUCAGCGUACCGGUCCAGAAAACCUCGGUUCGAAAGAGAUACCUCAAGGUUCACCAAAUUGUCUAAAUGGUUUAACUUUGGUUUUCACAGGUGAAUUAGACAAUAUUGGUCGUGACUCUGCCGUUGAAGCUGCUAAAAGAUAUGGAGCAAAAGUUACUGCAGCUCCUUCAGGAAGAACUUCUUACGUCAUUUUAGGUAGAGAACCUGGUCCAAAGAAGUUACAAAUCAUAAAAGAAAAAGGCUUGAAAACUCUCGAUGAAAAUGGCUUUUGUCAAUUAAUUGCUAAUAGUAAUGGCGACCUCAAUUCAAACUCCCUAUCAAAAUUAAAGAAAGAGGAAGAGAAGAUAAAAAAGGACGCGAAAGAAUUAGAGAGAAUUGAACAGGACAAAUCGUCUCAGCUAAAGUCUACUUCCAAAGCUUUAUUGAUUACCUUCAGGUCAUCUAUUUCACCAAAUUCCCAACUUUGGACAGUCAAAUACUCUCCCAAUCAAUUAAAAGAUAUUUGUGGCAAUAAAGGUCAAGUUGAAAAGAUUGUCAAUUGGCUUAAAGACUGGCAAAAUCAUUUAAGAAAUGGGUUUCCAUCAGAUAACUCUAAAUCUGAUAUCAAAGGUAAAAAGGCUUUACUCGUACAUGGUGCUCCUGGUAUUGGUAAGACUACAGCAGCACAUUUAGCCGCUAAAUCAGCUGGCUAUUCCCCUCUUGAAUUAAAUGCUAGUGAUGUUAGAAGCAAAAAGUUAAUCGAAUCAACUACUAAUAUUGAUAACACUUCGAUUGAUACUUUCUUUGGAAAUAAUAAUAAUGAUGCAAUUAAUACCAAUGUCACUCAUAGUACUUGCUUAAUUUUCGAUGAAUGUGACGGUAUGUCAGCAGGUGAUAGAGGUGGAAUAGGUGCAAUGAAUGCUUUGAUUAAAAAGACCAGAAUACCUAUUAUUUGUAUCUGUAACGACAAAUCAAACCCAAAGAUGAGACCUUUUCAAAACACAUGUGGAGACAUUUUGUUUAGAAGACCAGAAGCUAGUCAAAUCAGAUCACGUAUUAUGUCUAUACUUCAUAAAGAAAAAAUGAAAUUAGAUUCAAAUGUCGUUGAUCAACUUAUUAGUGGUUCACAAUCUGAUAUCAGGCAAGUCAUAAAUAUGAUUUCCACUUGGAAAUUAUUAUCUAAUACCAUGAAUUAUGAUCAAGGCAAAGAAUUGGUUCAAGAUAAUCAGAAAUUUUCAAUACAAACACCUUGGACCGUUAUGUCGAAUCUUUUUAGUCCGCAUAUGUUUGGUCCUACUAAUCAAAAGCCAUUGGCAGCCAAAGCAGAUUAUUACUUUCAUGACCAUAGUUUAAUCCCACUCUUUGUUCAGGAAAAUUACGUUAAAUGUAAUCCUGUUAAGGCCAGAGAUUCCGAUCAUAACAGGUCAGAAUUCAACCGUAUUAAAUGUCUUAGCGAUGCGGCAGAUGCAAUUUCAGAUGGUGAUCUCGUUGAUUCCAUGAUACAUGGGUCACAACAACAAUGGAGCCUAAUGCCUAUCCAUGCCAUCCAUUCAACGGUUAGGCCUGCUUCGUUCAUGUAUGGCGGUUUCAAAUCUGGUUAUGGACGUGACACAAUUAGUUUCCCUGCAUGGCUCGGUCAAUAUUCGAAGACAAAUAAGUAUAAUAGAGCUUUGGGAGAUAUUCAAGCUAGAAUGAGGCUUAAAAUUAGUGGGGAAGCCAAUGAGAUUAGACAGUAUUAUUACCCAACUUUAUGGCCUAGUUUGUACAAGCCAUUGAUUGAAACGAAUGUACAUUAUGAAAAGGUUAUAGGUUUAUUGGAUGAAUAUUUUCUCUCUAAAGACGAGUUUGAUAUUAUGUCUGAGCUCGGUCUUGAUCGACUCAGUAUUGACAACACAAUGAAAUUGAUACCUACAAAAAAUAAGUCUGCAUUCACGAGACAUUACAACAAUAGGGACCAUCCAAUUCCAUUUUCUAAGGGCCAAGUAGUAAAAGCAUCUGCUGCACAGAUUAAAACUGAGAAACCUGAUCAUGAAGAUGUUUAUGAUGAUGAUGAUGUAGUUGUUGAUCUUAAAGAAGAUGAUGAAAAUGAAAAUGAAGAUGGUGACGAUGUACUUGAUGACAAAUUAAUCAAGCAGCCAAAAAAAUCGAGCGCUGCAAAGACGUCCACAAGGGGAAGAACUACAACUACCUCAAAGCGGGGUCGAGGUCGUGGUAGUACAACAAAGAAAUAA